ACGUUCUUCUAAGCGGUUGUCCCCUCUUUUCCCGAACUGUGAGCAGCUCGCCGCUGUGCAUGCCGGGAACACAGAGCAGUAAUGGCCGCCACGGAAAAGAACACUAAGGAGAAGUUACUGAAUGUAUUGGAUGACUUAGAGGUGCUGUCUAGAGAACUGAUAGAAUUGUUGGCACUGUCAAGGAGUCAGAAGUUAAGUCAACCUGGAGAAGAAAAUCAAAUUUUGGAGUUAUUAAUUCAGAAAGAUGGAGAGUUUCAGGAGCUCAUGAAGGUUGCGUUCAGUCAGGGCAAGGUUCACCAAGAAAUGCAGCUCUUGGAAAAAGAAGUUGAGAAAAGGGACAGUGAUAUCCAGCAGCUGCAAAAACAGCUAAAGGAGGCUGAACACAUUCUGGCAACUGCAGUUUACCAGGCAAAGGAAAAACUGAAAUCAAUUGAUAAAGCAAAAAAAGGUUCCAUCUCAUCUGAAGAACUGAUUAAGUAUGCUCAUCGGAUUAGCGCAAGUAAUGCAGUGUGUGCUCCUUUGACAUGGGUCCCAGGGGAUCCUCGUCGGCCCUACCCCACAGAUCUUGAAAUGCGGAGUGGCUUGCUGGGACAGAUGAGUAACCUUCCGACUAAUGGUGUCAAUGGUCAUUUACCAGGGGAUGCCUUGGCAGCUGGCAGACUUCCAGAUGUCCUGGCUCCACAAUAUCCAUGGCAGUCCAAUGAUAUUUCCAUGAAUAUGCUACCUCCAAACCACAGCAAUGACUUCUUAAUGGAAUCUUUAGGACCUAACAAAGAGAAUGAAGAUGAUGUGGAAGUAAUGUCGACAGAUUCCUCCAGUAGUAGCAGUGACUCUGACUAAUAAUCCAUUGUGGUGAACAGUGACAUUUAUUUAUUGUCUGGCUCCGAAAAAGGAACGUGGAGCCCAACAUAAGUAUCUACCAUAUUUAUCUAGAGCCUGGACUCCUUCAUACAUCCCUGUACACAGAAGAGGUGUCUGGUCUUGGAACAUAUCCUUGGGCUAUGUACAGAAAACCGGUGUAUUCCUAGAGAUGAAGGGGCCCGAUCACUCCUGCAGUUUGUAGUAACUAGAACUCCUAUAGUUUUAAGCAUCUUUGUGAAACACUUGAACAUUAUUGCAGAUGUUACCCACUAUACUGUUUGUAUCUCAGUUGGAGCCACUGGUUGUCCAUGUGUAUGUAAUACUGUAUAUAUUUUUUUUUCAGAAAUAGAGUAUGCAUAUAUGCUACAAUGUACAUAAAGAUAAAGUGUGUUAUUUCAUACCCUUUUCUAUUGUAAAACUAUAGUAUGGUAGAAACAUUUAUUUCAUUAAAGAAUUUUUUCAGCUUUUAAAAUUCCA